UGUGAAAACACAGAGUUAAACAUACGCAUAAGAAAAAAAGUGAACUUUAUAGAAUACUAUUCCUUUUUACAAGUAACACUUUUUUGGCGCGUUUCCGAGCUGAAAACGUCUGAAGAUCCGACUUCCUGUUUGGUGUGGACGCUCCAAUAAACUUGUAGCAAGCGGUUGAACGUCUUCAGAAAUCAGACCGUUCACAUCAUGGCACCGAGAGAUUAUAUACAGACGGUAUCGCAGAUAUUCAGAGGCAUGACUCCUUCCGUCCCAACCGGGAUCUCGACCGUCAGUGUGCUAUCUGUGACGGUGUUCGCAAUCCAAGCCAGUUUGGCGCUGACCCCGGGGACCUUCAGCGUGGGCUCUGAUGCUCUCAGAAGCGGACACCUCCACAGACUCAUCCUCUUCCCUCUGUACCACAGAAGCUCCACACAGCUGCUGCUCAGCAUCACAACAUUUGUCUUUCUCAGCCGGACCUUGGAGAAUGGCCUCGGGACUGUUCGCUUCCUCUUCCUGUUUGUGGUUCUGUCCACCUGUACUGGUUUGCUGUAUUCUGUCCUUGACCUCCUGCUGGACAAGGGUGACCCGCAUCACACGGAGGGGCUGGUUCCUGCGGCGCUGGCUUGCGUGGCUCUGUCCACCAUGCACUCCAACAUGAGCAAGGGCUUCCUGUGUGGCGUGAGUUUCAGCACCAUGGCUCUUCCCUGGGUGUUCGUCAUGGCCACCAGUGUGCUCAUCCCCCAUGCGGUGCUUCCCUGUAACAUCACCGCUGCUCUGGUGGGGGGGAUCCACGGGAAAGGCUGGUUCUCCUAUCUGGACUUAACCGAAGCCAGAGCUGGUGUUCUGGAGAAGAUGAUGCCUUUCAGACUCUUGAGGAAAAUUACUCUUGUUACGUUUGUGCCUGCUUCCACAGAGGAGAGGAGAAAGACACUUCUGCCACAGGUCAACCCAACACCCGGGUCGUACCCGGUCCAGGCCUAUGCCCCUCUGUCCAGCAUCAACAGUGCAGGUGCCAAAGAUAUGACAUACGAAGGCUGGGUGACCUCACCCCCAACUCCAGCAGCCAGCUGCUCAGAGCAAGCCCCCGCGAUAGCAGCACCAUCAGUGUAGUCUCUCUGGGUGCUACUUGCUACUCAUGUUUACCUCUUUUUUUACUGUGCCAUCUCCUGA